AUGAUCGAUCCCGACAACGGAUCCAGCAGAAAUCUGCCAAACAAGACCCCUUGCCUGAGCUAUUGGCAACGGACCACCCGUGCAUUUCCUCAUCUUCGAGCUCAGUGUAUGGAUCCUGUACCCGCCGACUCGCAGUAUGUGAUCAUCGGAUCGGGGAUAUCGGGGGGGUUGACAGCCUUUGAGCUCCUGGAAGCGGGAGUUUCUGCAGAGAAGAUUGUCAUCCUCGAGGCUCGCGAAGCCGCCAGUGGUGCCAGUUCGCGAAAUGCGGGCCACGUGCGACCGGACGCAUUUCGUGGUUUCAGCGCCUACGCGAAACUUCAUGGUCCUGCACAGGCCCUCGGCAUCAUCUCCGACGAGCGUCGGGUGCUGGAAAAAGUCGAUGAGUUUGUGGCGAAAUAUCACGUUCCCUGCGACUUUCAUUUGACCUCGACAUUCGAUGUGUGUAUGACUCCUGAAUUCGCGAAGUACGAAGCAGAAAGUUUUGAACAAUUUCGAGCGGCUGGUGGUGAUGUAUCGCACAUCCGUUUCUAUGAAGGUGCAGAAGCGCGGGCGAAGACCAGAAUCCCCGACGCCAUUGCAGCUUACGAGUGGCCGGCCGGGUCCAGUCACCCAGCUAAACUGGCGCACUUCUUACUGGAAUCGGUCAUCGAUCGAGGCGUGAGGCUGUUCACUUUCUGUCCCGCCACCGAGAUUGUUCAGUCGAAGGAGUUGGCGACGUGGGACUGUCAUACACCACGAGGCAUGAUCCGUGCAGAAAAGGUCAUUCACUGCACCAACGCCCACGCGGCUCUGCUGUUGCCUCAGCUGGAGCCCUAUCUUCGUCCCAACCGCGCUCAGGCCCACUCGCUCAUCCCUCCACCAGCAUUCGCAGGAAGGAAUACCCUGGAGCAGACCUUUUCUCUGCGAUACAGCCUUCAUCAUUUCUACUCAUUGAUCCAACGUCGCGGGGAUGGCACACUCAUCUGGGGGGUCUCCCGCUCCAAUCCGACGCUCAGUGCCGAGACGUUGGCAAGUCGCUACAGCAUCGACGAUUCACAUUUCAAUGCGGAAAUUAAGGGGGAUGCGCUCAGCAGCUUCAAUGAAAUCUUUCCGGACCCAUCACAGGGGAUGGGCGAUGUGCAUGGUGAAGGUUUCGACCACGCAUGGACGGGGAUCAUUGGUAUGACCACCGAUUCGGUUCCCUUUGUCGGGGCCAUCGAAUCGUUGCCCGGCCAAUUCAUCUGUGCGGGCUUCAACGGUCACGGAAUGGCGCGAAUCUUUACUUGUGCCCCAGGGCUUGUGAAGCUGAUUCUCGGGGGGAAGUGGAGUGACACUGGGCUGCCCAAGUGCUUCCAGUUUACCCCCGAACGACUGGCCCGAUUUACCGAAGGAGAAUUUCCAUCGAUAUGGUAG